CUUUUGUUGUUGGUCGGUCCAUUGGUCUUCUCUCUCUCUCUCUCUCUCUCUUUCUCUGUUACUCAAAUACACUGAUACAUAUACAAACUCGCGCUCUCUCUCUUUCUCUCACACACACACAAACACAAACAUAAAACAGAGAUUACUGACAAAAAGCCUGAGUGAAAGAAAGAACGAUGAUGGCAAGUGCUACCUAGACUUGUUGAUUCUAUAUAACUCUAGUUUAUGGUCAUUCUUAUUAUCUUGUUUUGUCUUAUUUCUCUUCUCUUCUACUUCACAACUUCGAGUCCACAGCAGCAGCACACAAUGCCAGACGGCGGAGACGAUCGUCCUACCGCCGGUACUACGGAGUUUGGUGCUACCGUCGCCACAUCCUCUUUGGGUGUCUCUGACUCUGGGGUUCAUGUUGAUCAUGAUGAUGGAGUGGAACCAGGUUCAGCAACUCAUGUGACUGAUAAAGAUCCUAGAAAGAUUGCCAGAAAGUACCAGUUAGAGCUAUGCAAGAAAGCUCUGGAGGAGAAUAUAAUUGUUUAUUUGGGGACAGGUUGUGGGAAGACCCACAUUGCGGUACUGCUUAUACACGAGCUGAGUCACUUGAUAAAGAAGCCCCAGAAGAACAUAUGCAUCUUUCUUGCCCCUACGGUGGCUCUGGUUCAGCAGCAAGCCAAGGUUAUAGAAGACUCUAUUGAUUUCAAGGUUGGGGUCUAUUGUGGGAGCUCUAAGCAGUUGAAAUGCCAUGAAGACUGGGAUAAAGAAAUUGAACAGUAUGAGAUUCUAGUUAUGACGCCUCAAAUACUUCUGCGUAACUUGGUUCAUCGCUUUAUCAAGAUGGAGUUAAUUGUACUUUUGAUAUUUGAUGAGUGCCAUCAUGCUCAAGGCAAAAGCAACCAUCCUUAUGCAGAAAUCAUGAAAGUCUACUAUAAACCUGAUGUCGGAAAAGUCCCCCGUAUAUUUGGCAUGACUGCAUCUCCAGUUGUGGGAAAAGGUGCUUCUGAUCCAGCAAAUUUAACAAAAAGCAUCAAUAGUCUUGAAAUUUUACUUAAUGCAAAGGUUUAUUCUGUUCUAGAUAAGGAAGAAUUGGAUACUUUUGUGGAAUCUCCUGUAGUUAGAGUAUAUGAUUAUGGUCCCGUUCCAAAUGGCGCAUCUAGCUACUAUGUCACACACUGUAGUAAACUUGAGGAGAUGAAACGCCAGUGCAUAUCAACACUUAAAAGGAAUGAUCACCAAAGUAUGCUGAAUGCAAAAAAACUACUAAGCAGAAUUCAUGAUAAUAUGAUAUUCUGUUUGGAAAAUCUUGGCCUUUGGGGAGCAUUACAAGCUAGUCGCAUUCUUUUGACUGGUGAUCGCUCUGAGCGGAACGAAUUAAUAGAGGUGGAAGAAAAUUUCAGUGAUGACUCUGUAUGUAACAGAUAUCUAGCUCAGGCUGCCGAAGUCUUUGAUUCCGAUUUAAUGAAAGAUGGCAUUGCAUCCGAUCUGUCGAGUGUGGAGAUCUUAAAGGAGCCAUAUUUCUCAAGAAAGCUUUUAUGCCUUAUUGGAAUUCUUUCAUCCAUCAGGUUACAACCAAAUAGGAAAUGUAUAAUAUUUGUUAAUAGGGUUGUUACAGCGAGAUCUUUGUCGUUAAUAUUACAGAAGCUUAAGAUAUUAGCAUCUUGGAAGUGUGAUUUUCUUGUGGGAGUCCAUGCUGGACUAAAAAGUAUGACCCGGAAGACCAUGAACAUUAUACUUGAGAGAUUUCGAUCGGGAGAGUUAAAUCUAUUGAUUGCUACUAAAGUUGGUGAAGAAGGACUUGAUAUUCAGACAUGUUGUCUUGUGAUACGGUUUGAUCUUCCAGAAACUGUUUCUAGCUUCAUACAAUCAAGGGGUCGUGCACGAAUGCCUCAGUCUGAAUAUGUGUUUUUGGUGGACAGUGGCAACCAGAAGGAGGUAGAUUUGAUAAAAGAUUUUCAAGAAGAUGAAGAUCGAAUGAACAUGGAAAUUGUUAAUCGAACAUCAAAUGAAACCUUUAUUGGUUCUGAAGAAAAAAUUUAUAAAGUUGAUUCAUCUGGUGCUUGUAUCAGCUCUGGAUAUAGCAUCUCAUUACUCCACCAAUAUUGUUCAAAACUCCCCUGUGAUGAGUUUUUUGACCCCAAGCCAGUAUUUUGUUAUUUUGAUGACUUAGGAGGUACUGUCUGCCACAUAAAUUUACCUCCCAAUGCUCCACUACGUCAAGUUGUUGGUGCCCCACAAUCUUCAUCUGAAGCUGCUAGAAAAGAUGCCUGUCUGAAAGCAAUUGAAAUGUUACAUAAAAUGGGUUCCUUGAAUGACAAUCUCCUGGUUGGGCAAGAUGAUGUAGAUGAAAUCGGAUUGGGGUCGGAUUCUUCUGACUCAGAUAGCUGUGAAGGUGAGGGUCCACGAGCUGAACUACAUGAGAUGCUAGUUCCUGCUGUGCUAAAAGAACCGUGGACUAACUUGGAGAAUCCUGUCCAUUUUUACUCUUACUAUAUAGAAUUUAGUCCUCAUCCUGAGGAUAGGAUCUACAAAAAAUUUAGUCUAUUUGUCAAAGCAGCCCUGCCUGAAGAGGCCGAGAGAAUGGAACUUGAUCUUCAUCUGGCUCAUCGUAGAUCUGUGAUGACCAAGUUUGUGCCAUCGGGAGUUGCAGAAUUUGAUAAAGAUGAGAUUGUGCUGGCACAGAAUUUUCAAGAAAUGUAUCUCAAGGUCAUCCUUGACCGAUUAGAAUUCAUUCGUGAAUCUGUUUCCUUGGGAAAAAGCAAUACUUGUGAAUCGAGUUCAUUGACCUUCUACCUGUUGCUUCCAGUAAUUUUGCAUGAUAGUGAUAACAAAAUUACUGUAGAUUGGAAGAUUAUUAGAAGAUGUUUAUCUUCCCCUGUUUUUAGGACUCCAGAAGAUGCCAUGGAAAAGGAAAAUUUUCCUUUGGGCGAUCAUUUGAUACUUGCCAAUGGUUACAGAAGCAUAAGUGAGGUUACGGAUAGUUUAGUGCAUGCUCCUUCAUACAAACAGGGUUUUUUCUUCAUCACUAACAUAGUUGAUGGAAAGAACGGAUACAGCCCUCAUUCAGAAACUUCAAGCUAUGCAGAGCACUUGUAUGAGAAGUUUGGCGUUCAACUCAAAUACCCUGAACAACCUCUUUUACAUGCAAAACCGCUUUUUUGCUUGCAUAACUUGCUACAUAACCGAAAGCCAGAAGAUUCAGAAUCACGCGAACUGGAGGAGUACUUUACUGAUUUGCCUCCUGAGCUUUGCCAGUUGAAGAUAAUAGGCUUUUCUAAAGAUAUUGGUAGUUCAAUAUCUUUAUUACCAUCAAUCAUGCAUCGUCUGGAAAACUUGCUUGUGGCCAUUGAACUGAAGAAGAAAUUUUCUGCUGCAUUCCCUGAAGGAGCUGAAAUUACUUGUGAUAGAGUCCUAGAAGCACUCACCACUGAGAAGUGCCAGGAGCGCUUUUCCCUUGAAAGGCUUGAAGUACUAGGUGAUGCUUUUCUCAAGUUUGCAGUUGGACGGCGCCUUUUUCUUUUGCAUGAUACCCUUGAUGAAGGAGAACUUACCAGGAAACGUUCUAAUGUUGUAAACAACUCCAAUUUGUACAAACUAGCAACUAGGAGCAAGUUACAGGUAUACAUACGUGAUCAAUCAUUUGAUCCCUUGCAAUUCUAUGCUUUCGGUCGCCCCUGCCCAAUAAUUUGUAACAAGCAAAAUGAAGGUUCUACUCAUUCCCAGUCAAGUAAUCUAGCAGAUUGUGCAAGUUUUAAUGAAGUCAGGUGCAGUAAAGGUCACCACUGGUUACAUAAGAAAACAAUUGCUGAUGUGGUUGAAGCUCUUGUUGGAGCAUUCAUAGUUGACAGUGGCUUCAAAGCUGCAACCAGCUUUCUUCGAUGGAUUGGCAUACAAGUGGACUUUGAAGCCUCACAAGUUUCAAAUGUCUGCAUUGCAAGCACUAGCUACAUGCCACUUAGAGCUCGUAUGGACAUUGGUGCCCUUGAAAAAUUGUUAGGGAAUCGGUUUCUCCAUAAAGGUCUGCUUCUACAGGCAUUUGUACAUCCUUCUUACAACCAGCAUGGAGGAGGCUGCUAUCAGAGAUUGGAGUUUCUUGGAGAUGCUGUGUUGGAUUACUUAAUCACAUCGUAUCUGUAUUCAGUUUAUCCAAACUUGAAGCCUGGUCAAUUGACAGAUUUGAGAUCGGUAUCUGUGAACAACAAGGCCUUUGCAAAUGUUGCAGUAGAUAGAUCCUUCCACCAAUUUCUCAUCUGUGAUUCCAGUGGCCUUACUGAGGCCAUCAAAAUUUAUGUGGACUUUGUUAAAACUCCUGCACCACAAGGGAGUCCUCAUGAGGGGCCAAAAUGUCCUAAGGCUUUGGGUGACUUGGUAGAGUCUUGUGUGGGUGCCAUUCUUCUUGAUACAGGGUUUAACUUGAACCUUGUGUGGAAGAUAAUGCUUUCUUUUUUGGAUCCAAUAAUGAGGUUCUCCAGUUUUCAGCUUAGUCCUAUUAGAGAACUGCAAGAACUUUGCCAAUCUUAUAAUUUGGACCUAAAAACUGUGCCAUCAAAGAAGGGUAGAAUGUUUUCAGUUGAAGUACAGGUGAACAGAGAAGAUGUUUGUGUAACUGCUUCUGCAACCAACCUGAACAAGAAAGAUGCUAUUAGAGUUGCUUCACAAAAAAUACUUGCGAAGUUGAAGGCUCAAGGCUACAAGCCCAAGUCAUCUUUGGAGGAAGUUUUGAAGUCAAGCUGCAAGAUGGAAGCCAAACUAAUUGGAUAUGAUGAAACACCUAUAGAUAUAACCACUCCUGAUGCCAUUGGAUUUGAAAAAUUAAAGGUACAACCACCUUUUGGCAGUGAUUUUGAGCCUCCAAUCCUUCCCCUCAAUGGAACAUCCAAUAAUAGUUCCCCCUGCAUAAUACCUCUUAGUAAACAACCAUUUAGAGACUUAAGAGGACAGCCUUGCACGACAGCUGAAAUUCAUGGCUGUGACCCUGACUCACAGGCCACAGGUGGGUCACACCAAGCAACAGCAAAAUCAAGGUUGUUUGAAAUCUGCAAGGCUAACUGUUGGGAACCCCCAUCAUUUGAAUGUUGCAAAGAGGAAGGACCAAGCCACAUAAAGUUAUUCACUUUCAAGGUUGUUGUGAAGAUAGAAGACCCGGAAGAUGUGAUUUUGGAGUGCUUUGGAGCACCGCGGUUGAAAAAGAAAGAUGCAAAGGAGCAUGCAGCAGAAGGGGCCCUUUGGCACUUAAAGAAUGAAGGAUACUUGCCUUAGAGCAAUUGACAGUCGUAGUUUUUGCUGAAGAGAUUAGAGGAAACAUUAACCUAUUGAUCAGGUUUUUGUAAUUGUUGAAGAUCUCAAUGCAGGAAGCCUUUGACUGAACUUAACCACUUAAAGAUGCAAUAUCUAAUUAUAUGUGAAACUCUAGAAGAUAGUUGUAAAUAGCGGUUACUAUAGAGCUACAUCAACAUAUAUAGAAGUAAAUAAAGAACCAUUGUAGUGUAAAUAACCCAGUUACCUUGGUCUGUUUGUUUGUUUUUUUUUUUUUUUUGAAACUCAGGUCCAGAAUCUCAGUCCAAAUUGUAAUGAUGUCUGCCUUAUGAUCUUUACAAACAGUUGCACACAAACUUUUUAAGCUCUCAUAGCAACACAAACUUCUGUUUCCGUGGCCUAUUGAUGGAUUCUCACGCUUGUACAUGUGAGGCUUAUACUUA